UUUCAGGCAUGUUGCCAGGCAGCUUAAAACUGCCGUGGCAGGUUCCUGAAAUUGCCCUCUGCUGCCUCACUUUCAUUUACGGUGUUCAACUUGGGUCACAUGCACUGAUUAAUAGGAACGUGGAAGUAAAUCUGCCUGAGCAACUGGUCUCACUGGCUGAGGUUAUUGUUUGUCAGCACUCACUGUGCUUUAAGCUGGCGAAAGAUGGAGGAACGGGAUGAGAUGGCUGGAAUAAAUCCUUUAUAUCAUAGAGGAAAAGACUGGGAUACGCACAGGAAUGAUGCACCAGUCACUAUAUCUGAUGACUCAGAUGAUGAUCUGUCUUUUGUCCUUUGCAAGCCAGCACAGGACUAUGAGGAAGAGGAAGAAGAUGAUGUUGUUAUUUUAGAGGACAGACAACAAAAACACACUCGUCCUGGCCUCAUUCGACCAGCGGCUGCAUGGCACAGCGGGGACCCAUCUGUUAGUGGAAGUCGUCGGCCUUUGUGCAGGAAGAGUCUACAUAGCCAGCUUUCUAGAAAUAAUGAGAAGGCUGAAUCUAAAGGAGAGCGACAUCAUGUGGGUAGAACCCUUUUGAAUAACAGAGUUCCAGACCAGGAUCAGGAUCUCCAUUUAACUGCUACAAAAUCUGAUUCUUCGGGGCCUUCUGUAAAUAAUGAGACUAUUACUCACAGGUCUGUGGGUAAACAUGUUGAACUGGUGCCUGGUGUUGUGUUGCCAUCUGUUCUUAAGAACUCGCUUUCUGAACACCCAUUUCGUCACUCUGUUCUUCAGGAAGGGUUAAGUAGAAAUUGCCAUGCAUCACUGCAGAAAAAUCCUUCAGUAAGGAAUAAAGAUGUUCAAGAUGACUUCCUAGGGCCAGCUUUUCUCAGGACACAGCCAGCGGAGGACGGAAUUCCUGGACCAUUAUCCCCUCCAAUUGCCCAUCCUCCAGAUACACAAGAAGCAGGGCAAGGUACUCAUACAGCAAAUGACCUGCCAAAACAAGCACAAGGACCAACGGAGUUACGCCCUGGCGAUCUUCCUGAUCAAGGAGCUGCAGGACUUGAUUAUGAGCUGAUAUCUGACCUCAUUAAGGAAACUGAAGCAAGAUUUCCAGAUGUUGAGCAAGGGUAUGUGAAAGGACUGAUUCUCUCCAAACAGUGCUACGACUUAAAUGUCAUAUGUAACACACUUCUGGAAGAUCCUGACUACCCAAAGAGAGAUGGUUUGACUGUUCUAAAUAAGAGUAGCUGUUUACUUACCAGUCUUGAGGAACCCAAGAUGACCAAGGUCGACUAUUUCAAUUUUUCACAACUCGCUCCCCUAGAUCAACGGUGCCUAAUUCAAGCAGCAGACCUCCUUAUGGCUGAUUUUAAAAUGCUCAGCAGUCAAGACAUUAAGUGGGCUUUGCAUGAACUUAAAGGACACUAUGCCAUAACAAGAAAGGCUUUUUCUGAUGCUAUAAAACAUUGGCAGGAGUUGUCUCCAGACCCAAGUGGCAAGCGCAAAAAAAGGAAAGAGAUGAACCAGUUUUCUUAUAUCGACUUCAAAUUUGAACAAGGAAAUGUAACUAUUGAGAAGCGAAUGUUUUUUUUGGAGAACAAGAGGCGGCACUACAAAACAUAUGACAGAAAUUCACUUCUCCCUGCUGUGCGAGAGGAACUAGAAUUCUUUGAACAAAAGAUGAAGGAGAUGGCAGAGCAUGCCGAUUUUCUUCUUGCCUUGCAAGUGAACGAGGAACAAUAUGAGCAGGAUGGCCAGAUGAUUGAGUGUCGCUGUUGCUAUGGUUCAUUCGCCUUUGAAGAGUUGACCCAAUGUGCAGAUGGCCAUCUGUUCUGCAAGGAGUGCCUUAUCAAAUAUGCACAGGAGGCGGCCUUUGGCUCUGGGCGGCCCAAAUUGAUGUGCAUGGAAGGGGCUUGCACCUGUGAGUUUCCAACAAGUGAAGUGGAGAAAGUUCUUCCAGAGAAUAUUCUUCAGAAAUAUUAUGAAAGAAAAGCUGAAGAAGACAUCUCUGCAGCAUGUGCAGAUCAGUUGGUUCGGUGUCCAUCUUGCAGUUUCCCUGCACUUCUUGAUAAAGAUGUGGACCGAUUUAGCUGCCCAAACCCUCACUGCAGGAAAGAAACAUGUAAGAAAUGUCAGAAGUUGUGGAAGGAACAUGUAAACCUGACCUGUGAAGAGCUGGCAGAGAGUGAUGAUGUGAACUACAGAACCUUCAUUGAAGAAAAAAUGACUGCAGCCUGUGUUCGGAAAUGCCACGUGUGUGCCACAGAACUCAUCAAAGCAGAAGGAUGCAACCGAUUAUCAUGCCGCUGUGGGGCUCAGAUAUGUUACCUGUGUCGAGCUCCUAUCAAUGGCUAUGACCACUUCUGUCAGCACCCACAUUCUCCUGGUGCACCAUGCCGGGAGUGUACCCGUUGCUCUCUAUGGACAGAUCCAUCGCAAGACGAUGAGAGAUUAAUCCAGGAGAUCCAAAGAGAAGCAGAGAAUGAACAAAAGAACCGAAAAGGAGAGAAAGCCGUCAAAAGAAUAGGACCUCCUAUUCAGAAGACUCCUUCCAAGUCUGCAAGAAUAGAGCCAAUGCCAAGAGAACGACCCUUAAAUCAGCCUCCAAUACCUCCAUUUCUAAUGCACCCAGCUUAUCCUCUGGCCCCUAUCCAGCCAUUGUAUAAUAACUUCCCAUUGAAUUUAAGAGCCCAACAUGCCCCAUAUGUGCCUCCACUAGCCAACAUUCGGCUGAAUUAUAACGUUCCCCCUCUUGACCUGGAUAUUGAGCCAAACUUGCCUAUGCAUUUUGGACCACAGCCACGGCGCGAGUAGUGCCCUGAAAAAAAAAAAACCCUGCAGAGGAGCCAAUUCAUUAGAAGAAUGUCUUCCUAACAGGAUCGUAACACAGCACUAGGUACUCACAGCCUAUAAACAGUUGCAAAUGGUAUUGGAUGAUUUGUUGGUUCUGCUUGUGAUGGUCUAUGAAAGGGCCUGAUGGAAAUUGAAUCAGGAUUCCAAAAUCUAAGUGCUUAAUAAAACCCAAAGUCUGA